AUGGAAGGCUUGCUUGUUAAUAGAGCCACAACAGGAAGAUUUUAUAUCUUUCAAUGCUUUUCCAGGUUCUUAAGUCCCCUGUCUGCUGUUCCCCUGGUUGCUCUGUCUGGCUUUGGGCUCUAUGAAUUUGGUUUUCCUGUGCUUGCCAAAUGCAUAGAGAUUGGACUACCACAGAUCAUCCUUCUCUUAAUCUUUUCACAGUAUAUACCUCAUAUGAUACAUGGGGAGCGGCAUGUGUUUGACCGCUUUGCUGUCAUAUUCUCAGUUGUGAUUGUUUGGAUUUACGCUCACCUGCUUACUGUUGGUGGGGCAUAUAAGAACACAGGACCUAAAACUCAACUGAGCUGCCGAACUGAUCGUGCUGGGAUUAUAGGCGCUGCCCCUUGGAUAAGAGUCCCAUAUCCUUUUCAAUGGGGAGCUCCCUCAUUUGAUGCUGGUGAAGCUUUUGCUAUGAUGGCAGCUUCAUUUGUUGCUCUAGUAGAGUCUACUGGUGUCUUCAUUGCCGUUUCAAGAUAUGCAAGUGCAACUCCAUUGCCCCCUUCCAUUCUUAGCCGUGGUAUUGGUUGGCAGGGAGUUGGCAUUCUCUUCUCUGGGAUAUUUGGAACUGGGAAUGGAUCGUCUGUUUCUGUUGAGAAUGCUGGUUUGUUGGCACUGACACGUGUAGGCAGUCGAAGAGUUGUCCAGAUAUCUGCAGGGUUCAUGAUCUUCUUCUCCAUUCUUGGAAAAUUUGGAGCUGUGUUUGCUUCAAUACCAUCUCCAAUUAUUGCAGCUUUAUAUUGUCUUUUCUUUGCGUAUGUGGGUUCUGCGGGACUCGGCUUCCUUCAAUUCUGUAAUUUAAACAGCUUCAGAACGAAGUUUAUAUUAGGUUUCUCUGUUUUCAUGGGUUUGUCCAUACCACAGUACUUCAACGAGUACACAGCAGUUAAUGGUUAUGGUCCAGUUCACACUGGAGCCAGAUGGUUCAAUGACAUGAUAAACGUGCCAUUCUCAUCUGAGGCAUUUGUUGCUGGUUUAUUGGCGAUGAUCCUUGAUGUCACAUUGCACCGGAAAGACAGUACGACUAGGAAGGAUCGUGGCAUGCACUGGUGGGACAGGUUCCGAUCGUUCAGAACAGAUACAAGAAGCGAGGAGUUCUAUCGCUUGCCCUUCAAUCUCAACAAGUUCUUCCCAUCGGUGUGA